AUGGAUAUCGAGCAAUCAACUCUCAAUCAAUCUCCAGUUAUCAUACCCACCUUUUCCGCUUCGAUCGUAGGAUUCGUCUCUGGAAUGGUCUCAGCCGGAAAACUAUCGGGAGCUCAGUUUACUUGUGAAAACCUACAUCGUCUUCCGACUUCUAGACAAGCUGCCUACCUUUUUCAAAAAACGAAAAACUAUCGUAUCAUUCUUGGAGGUUUGAAGGGAGGACUUCGUUCGGGUGCACGACUUGGAGCUUGGACUGGUGCUUUUUGUUCUAUGAAAGAAGUUACAUUGAUUCCUAUCAAAUCUAGUAUACCUCAUGAAGAUCAGCUUCAUUGUCGCUUUAUCGCAGGUGGGAUCAGUGGUUUCAUUUUAGCACUCGGUGCGAGUUCACUCUAUCGACUGCGGCCUAUCUAUUCUCCACGCAGGCUGAUGCUUGGAGGCUUGGUUGGAAUGUUGGCUGGUGGAGCUGAGGAUCUGAAAGACAUACUGGCUAAUCGUGAAAAUCACCUUAUCAAUACCGAGGGCAAGCUCGAGAUUCCAUAUAAACUCAUCCUCAUGAAAGACAUCGGACAUGCAAGUCAUAUCGUCAAAUCUGGAGCGUUCACAAGAACGUUCCGCAAUAUCCACGCGACUCCGCGCUCCAUUUUUAGAGAUUGUUUAAGUUCGAUCUGGGUACAAAGUAAUCAGGCCUAUAUGGGGAUGAGAUGCUCAAACAAGUCCGAGCCGCAAAUGCUUGUUCAAAAUGAAUACUUUAACCAUCUCGCGGAAAAGGAAAUUGCUCAAGCUUCGAAGCUCCCUUUGAACAUGUACCUAUGA